AUGCAAGCGCAGGCCGCGCGCGCGGGGCUGGGGCUGGGGCUGGGGCUGGGGCUGGGACUGGACGGCGGCGUUCAAGGCGGCGGCAACGCGAUGGGCCCCGCGGUGGGGGGCGCGCCGGGGUGGGGAGGCGUCGACGGCGGGGAUUUUGCCAACGGCGGCGGCGGCGGGGAUUGGGGCGCGCACGGCGGCGGCGGGGAUUGGGGCGGCGGCGGCGGCGGCGGCGGAGAGACGCGUCAUCAUCGCGGCGGCCAGCUCGGCGCGCGCGGCGAGUGGCGACCGCCGACCGGCGUGGAAACGACGCCUGGAUCCGGUGCGUUCGCGCCCCAGUUCGCGCCCCAGUCGCGCGCGGAGUACGAGUACUUCGCGCAGGUGCAGGCGCAACUCGCGCAGAUGCAGUCGCUCGGGAUGAACCCGAUGGCGGCGAUGUCGUACUGGCAGCAGUGCGCGGAAUACUUCGCGGCGAACAACAGCAACGCCAAUACCAACGGCGGCGUAUCCGGCGGCCACAGCGCGCCGAGCGUGAUGCACGCCGGCGGUGGAUACGGCGCCGACGCGGCGGCGUAUCAAUACGCGGCGGCGCCCGCGGCGCCGGCGGCGGCGGCGGCGGCGCCGCCGCCGCCGCCGCAGUCGGGGCCGCUGGGGUGGCUGGGGAGGAGGCAGGGGGGGCGGCGGAGCUGCGGGCGGCGUGGGAGUCGCUGGGGGUGUUGUGGUUGUUGUCGUCGCAGGCGCUGUAGUUGGUGUAGCUGUUGGUGGUGGACGCGGAGGUGGGUUCCGGGGGUCGUGUAA